AUGUCGCAACGAGUUACGCGAUCGCAGGCGGGCUACACCCCCAGGAAACCAGAGAACCCGGGAUUCGUCGAAACACCUGGUCGCAAAAGGUCGCAACGUCGCAAGUCAAUUUCUACCGAGACGGCGUUCGACAGCCCGAGUGGCUUCGUUAAGCGCAGUGAGAUCCAUUCGACUCCUGAAAAGCCUUCCAGCAACGGUCAUGCCAACGGUAACGGGCAUCUGAACGGUCACACCAACGGACAUGCGAAUGGCAACGGAGCAACCAAUGGUUUCGCCAACGGCCAUGCUAAGGAGGAGAAGAUCGCAUACGCAUACGAAGUCGAGGCAGCAAAGAAUUUCCCGCCCAAGGACAAGGGCGGUCUGCACGAGUUUGGCGGCGCUCUGGGUAUGAGCGCCAUGAUGACCGGAUUUCCUGUGUUGAUGUACUACAUGUGGAUUGGCGCGACGUUCUACGAUGGAAAGUUCCCCAAGCCAGCCGAAGGCCAGAGCUUCUCCGACUUCUUUGGGCACAUGUGGAACCUGGUCAAGACGGAGGCAUACCCUAACAACCGUGCAUGGCAGAUCUAUUGGUUCUUCGGACUCACUCAAAUGGCUUUUUACAUGCUCAUGCCUGGCGUCUACCGCAAGGGUAAGGCUCUUCCUCACCUUGGUGGAAAGCAGCUUGAUUACUAUUGCUCUGCCAUGUGGUCGUUCUACACUAGCAUUGUCAUCAUGCUGGGCCUCCAUUUCACCGGCAUCUUCAAGCUCUACACUCUGAUUGAUGAGUUUGGACACAUCAUGAGUGUCGCUAUCCUCUCUGGUUUCUUGUGCUCUAUCAUUGCAUACGUCUCAGCUCGCGUGCGUGGCGCCACUGUCCGUAUGACUGACAAUGUUAUCGUGGACUUCUUCCUCGGAUCUGAGCUCAACCCUAGACUGUUCGGCAUUCUGGACUUCAAAAUGUUCCUCGAAGUUCGCAUUCCGUGGUUCAUAUUGUUCUUCCUUUCUUUGGGUACUUGCCUGAAGCAGUACGAGAGCUAUGGAUAUGUCUCGAUGGAGGCCAUCUUCCUGCUGUUCGCGCACUGGCUGUACGCUAAUGCUUGCGCCAAGGGCGAGCAUUUGAUCAUCACUACAUGGGACAUGUACUACGAGAAGCUUGGGUUCAUGCUCAUCUUCUGGAACAUGGCCGGUGUACCUCUUUCCUACUGCCACUGCACCCUCUACAUCGCCAACCACCACCCUUCUGAGUACACAUGGCCGUCGUGGUUUGUCGCUCUCUUAACGCUUGGCUACCUCGGCAUGUACUACAUCUGGGACACAACCAACAGCCAAAAGAACCAGUUCCGCCAAGAAGAGCGUGGUGUAGUCGAUGAGCGUACUACCUUCCCAUACUUCAAGUACGGUCGUAUUGCCAACCCCAAGACCAUCACCACCAAGCACGGAAACAAGAUUCUUGCGGACGGGUGGUACGGCAAAGCCCGUAAGAUCCACUACACCUGCGACUUAUUCUUCGCCAUCUCGUGGGGUCUCAUUACUGGCUUUAACUCGCCAUUCCCAUGGUUCUACUCUGUGUUCUUUGCCGGCAUGAUUAUUCACCGUGCGCUGCGUGACAUUGCAAGGUGUCGCGAGGUUUAUGGUGAGGCGUGGACCGAGUAUGAGAAGCAGGUGCCUUACCUGUUCAUUCCUGGUAUAAUCUAG